CAGGCGCUCACGACGCGGAAGCUGGCGAAGCGAACACCACCGUGCCGCGCGGCAGGGUUCACCGAUCCACGUUAUAGCUGUUCCCUCUAACCCGGUUCACAAUCGUGCGCCUUUCAGCGGCCUCAGCGUCGUCUGUCGUGGAAACGUUGAUCGGGUACGUAUCCAUACGCUACGGGCGGACAACCAGAAAGCGCUGUGACAACGCAUUCAAACCCGUCGUUCCAAUCAUGCAAGCAGUUCUCUCGGUAUUACCCCUGGCCACCUUACUCGCAGGACCGUUUGGUCCCAAUAUCACGGGUGUUGCCACAUUUGGCGACUCCUACACCGCCACGUCGCCGUCUACAGCCACAGGCGGAACUGCUUGGCCGACCUACCUAGCAGAUUAUGCCAAUAUUACCCUGUAUUCUUUCGCCGUCUCAGGUGCUGCGUGCGACGACAACCUGACGCCGCGUACUUUGCCGGACGUAACUCACGACGAACUCGGCGCAUACUUCAACCUUACGGCCAACACGUCGAGCCCGCUCGAUCCAAGCUCGACCCUGUACACCCUGUGGAUUGGUACCAAUGACGUUGGUCAAGGAGAGUUGAUCUCAGGUCAAGGGGCGUCCGGCGUGACCGUCGUCAAUACCACAGAAUGCGCUGUGCAGUGGAUCAAGACGCUCUACGACGGUGGCGCGCGCAAUUUCCUGUUUCAGAACAUGCUACCAUUAGACCUGCUUCCCGAAUACCAGGCAGAUUCCUACCCGAACCACUACUGGUCCGCGCAGCGAAAUACAACUGAGUGGAACGUCUUCAUGAAGGAGCUCGUGGCAUCAGGCAACACCUUGUCGAAACUGAUGAUUCAGAUCAUGGCACCCAGCCUUCCCGGCGCUACCAUCGGUUACUUCGACUCGCACGCCCUCUUCACUGACAUGCAUGACAAUCCUUCUCUCUAUCUCAACGGCACCGCGCCACUCAAUGUCACCGGGUCUAUCGUGUCUUGCAUCCUCCAAGUGAACGAGUCGACCUCGGAUCCUGGUGACUGCACAAUCGCCCAGGGCACGGACCGGGACAGUUUUCUCUUCUUCGACGAGAUACAUCCGAGCGAGCAAGCGGAUCGCGUAGUCGCAAGAGAGAUUGCGAAAGUACUGAACGGGACUAGUGAACGCUGGGUGACCGUCUUCAAGGGAUGA